UGUCGGCCUACGCGUCCUUCCCUCCGGACCAGGGCCCGGGGAGGGAUUCGCCGAGGGACUGUGCCUAGUCUGGGUACUCGGGAAGAAUUGCGGGAGUCUCUCCCACCCCUCCGAAGUUUUUCUUUCAGAGAUUAAAGCUUGGUUGCUUUAGUCCGCGCGUGCGUCACCCUUUUCUUUGGGAUGUCGCAUGUCAGAUCUUAGGAGAGAACUGUGCAGUAAAAGGGAAAAACAAACGGCUUUCUUACGGCUCCCCCAGAAGGCGAGGCCGGCUCCCCCUCACAAAGAACGGGCUACCCUUCCCCCGUCCCCUUCGGGGGUUUUGCAUUGAUGGCCUGUGGGCCGGGAUGCCGGGCGCGGGAGUAGACCGGGAGCCCGACUCUCGAAGCAGGUGCUUCGGUCUCUCUAGGAGAUUUCCCGAAAUGGGAGGAGAGUUAUUGGAGUUGGCAAGUUGGGGUUGAAGGACUCCUGAAGGACUCUUGGGGUUCCUGUAACAUCGGAGGCUGGAACUGAACGAAUGAAAGAUCGGCUUACUGGGUCUGCAUACUGGGUCGGUUUAAGAAGUCUGUAGGAAUGGGAUGGGAGAAGAUGGUGUCAGUGUAAACUCUAACUCUAGCUUGCUCUAAUAGGCCUUUGCGAGUUCGCAAGUGUUUACAUUUUCCCACCCCAUUAAAAGGUUUACGUUUUCCCACCCCAUUAACAGUACCUUUCUCUCCCCAUUACAUGCCAGUGAAGCUGCUUGAUGAGAAACAAGGUUUGUGCAAGUAGGUGUGUGCAGUCUGAGGCAAAAAAAAAAAAAAAUCACCUGGUAAACAAGGGUGUGUCCUCCUAUACUUAAACCAGGCAAGGGCAGUGGGAGGCUUCAGCUUGUCCCAGCAGGAAUGGUGCUGCUUCUGCUAUUUUCUGAAGAUGAUAUUUCCUCUGUUCUGAGAGGGAAUUAGCUAAUAGCUCUGAAGCAUCCAAAAGGAAGGAGAACAAGGGUUAGGAUGGAUCUCAGAAGAAUCCAGGAUGUGCACUUCUCUCCCCAUGUGGCAAAUUUGGUCCAGGAGCUGUUGGAGCAAAUAAUAUCUGAACAUGAUACCUUACGCCAAGCCUUGGCUUCUCUCUCUGCUGGUCUAGCAAAGCUUGAGAAACGCCUGGAAGAAACAGAUUGUCGAGUGGGAGCCCUAGAAGCAAAGGUGGUGUCUACUCAAGGCUGUGUUGUCAAACACGCUACUCUGAUGAAGGAGCUGGCAGUAGGAAAGUUAGUGGCUGACUACAAGCUGGAGACCCUAGAAAACAAAUUGCGAGCUCGAAACUUGAGGGUUACGGGCGUCCCCACAGCCAUUGGAAAUGUGAACCUUAUCCCAUUCAUAGAAAAUCUGUUACCAGCUGCCUCAGAUUUAAAUGGCAAACAGGUUCCCAUCUGUAUAGAACGUGCUUACCGUCUCCCAGCAAAUAAUGCCCAGGUGGGUAAUGGUAGUACUGUACUAAUCACCCUUUCUGAUUUGCGGCAUCGGGAGAGAAUACUGAAGACAUCCUGGACUUCCUGGACUACAAACUUCCAUGGACACAAGGUAUCCUUCUUUCCUGAUCUCAGCCCGUUGACAUAUGCCCGACGGAAACAUUUUGUGGCUCUGAAGCAACAGUUCCUGAAGGAAGGAGUUCAUGCUUUCGUAUUGUACCCUGCAAAGUUAAAGGUUCUGCACCAGGGGAAAACAUAUAUCUUCAAGGACAUUCGAUCUGCGGCUCAGCUGCUGGAUAAAAUCCAAAAAGAAAAGAUGACUAUGACUUUGAUCCGCAACAGGCUGGCGCUGCUGGUCCUAGGAAUCCUUGUCACUUUUGUCCUCUACCUGUUGCUUCCUGCGAUCCAGCACGAAAAAUUUACUGCUUCAGUAGACAUCCCUAAGCCACGGGCCAUGGAGGAAGAGAUGAAGGGUACAGGUGCUGGGAAUGUCACCAUCUUGACAGGGACAGUUUUGCAAAGCCCUUCUGUUUUCUUUAGAGAAGCUGUGCUGGUACAAAAAGAUGUUGCUUCCUCCACUGAAAGGCUGGCAGUGAUCUUCUUGCAUGGUCAGUCCUUCACAUCCAAGACAUGGGAGAAUCUAGGAACACUGGCUUUGCUUUCAGAGAAUGGAUAUCGUGCAGUAGCUAUUGAUUUGCCUGGUUAUGGGGACUCCCCACACUCAAAUUCUGUUGGGACUGCACAAGGCCGCAUUUCUUUUCUGGAGCAAGUCUUCAAGGAGCUGGGCCUUCAGAAGCCCAUUUUGAUAAGCUCAUCUAUGAGUGGCCGAUAUUCCAUUCCAUUCCUCCUUUCUAAUGGAGAACAGCUAAAGGGCUUUGUGUCUAUUGCACCAGUGGGCACAAAAGACUUUACGACUCAACAAUAUCAGCAGGUCAAGACGCCAACAUUGAUAAUUUAUGGAGAGCGUGAUACUGGCCUGGGUGUACAGUCUCUGCAGAGCCUUCAGCAGAUUCCCAGAUCCAGAGUUGUCAUGUUGCCUGGUGCUGGUCAUGCCUGCUAUCUUGAUAAGCCUCAGGAGUUCCAUAAAGCACUGCUGAACUUCCUCGGUGAAUUAAAAUGACUGUGGAAUCCAUUCUUACUUGCCCUGCUGUAUCCCUUUUUCCUUUUCCCAGGGAAAAAGUGAAGACUGUCAUGUAAUUGGGAUGACGUGCAUACAAACCUGUUUCUCCAGACUUCAAGGGCUGUAGAGCUUUUUGACAGUUGAUGGAAGAAUUUAUCUCUGCUUGUUUUUGGGGUUACUUCUUUUACAAAUGCUUGAGGUAUGAUUGCCAGAAUCCUGCAAACUGGCAGAAGUACUGGAUCAAGGACAGAGAGCAGGGUAGCGCUAUUUUCACAGUAUUUUUGUGACAGACUGAAGAAAUCUGCACAUCACUGUUCAAUUUUUGUCCCUUUUAAGAGCUGAUCUCCAGAGAAAGGUACAACUCCAUCUUAUUUCAGGAAUCCCGGCCACAGAUAGUAUCUUGAAGUUGAUUUUUUUUCCAUUAACCACCAGCUACUACUUUCAGUGUGCGCACUUCUGUUCUGAGGAUUAGGUGUUUUCUUGUGCUUUUUACCUUAUUUCUACUGUUGUAGUUUGGAGGGGCUCACAUUUUUUCAACAGUGGAAGGAGACAAAUUUGAUGGGCUUGUCCUGGCUGGGAGCAGGUAAUAUUUGAAACUGCCCAAGAAGCAUUUGAGAAAUCUGAAGAAAAACUUUGGAAAAUAAAUGACACAUUUUAAAUGUAUUUUUUUUCUAAAGGAUUCUAAAGCAUUGACUGACUUGGAUGACCAUUGUAAUGUCUUGGUUGCCCAGCUGUAACAUGUUGACCCUCUGUGAAUGACAUGUUUAGUUAGAAUGUGUCGUCCAGACUCUUACCUAAGCUGGGGAGUAUGGAAGACAUAAGGAGAAUGAGUCAAUAACCUUUCAAAGGAGCAUAGUCCAUGUGUUCGGAGAGGGGAUGAUUUCUCCUAUUCAUUAGGUUGUACGUUAUCUAAGUUUCUGAGUGUUGCAAAACUGUUUAAGGGUAAAUAAAUUGUUUAUACCAAUA